AUGUCUAAUCCAUUUAAUAUGAGAUUUAAAAGAGCUAAGGACAAAGCUAAAAUACUUGAUGCAAUGUCGGACAUUACCAAAAACAAUAAUUGCGUUCAAUUUAAACCUAGAUCAAAUGAAGCAGAUUAUGUUCAUAUUCAACCGGGCACUAGAUGUAAAUCAAAAGUUGGUCGAAAAGGUGGUAAACAAUAUGUAGACCUGGCACCUGGGUGUAUCAACGACAAACGCAAAUCAACGCACGAGCUAUUACACGCAGUAGGUUUUCACCAUGAACAUUCGCGGCCCGACCGAGAUGAUUAUGUGGAAGUGCAGUGGGCCAAUCUCAAACCUGGCAACGAACAAAAUUUUCAAAAAUAUAACCAAUCAAUGUACCAAGUGUACACCAAGUUUGAUUAUGGUUCCAUCAUGCUCUAUAAGAAAACAUCAAUGAGCAAUAAUAAGGAAUUUACCCUAAUAUCUAAGCAAGCACCUACACACGAUAUUACAUAUACCAAAGUAAUGAGUCCGUUGGAUAUUGUUACAACCGAAGAUCACCAUGUCUAA